CUGACCUAGAUCUGGAACAACACAACUUUCAGCAAUUACCCCUGUUGAUGUGUCGCUGUGGUUGAGUUUUUGAUUCUCUUGGAGGAGGUAGAGCAGAGAUUCCUUGUUUCUGUGUGGCUGAAUCCUGCGGAGUAACUGUGACAGCGUUGGCUGGGGCGCACGUGGCGCCACUAUGAACGUCACCUCUCUCUUCUCCUUCACCAGCCCGGCGGUCAAGCGACUGCUGGGCUGGAAGCAAGGCGAUGAAGAAGAGAAGUGGGCAGAGAAGGCGGUGGAUGCUCUGGUCAAGAAGCUGAAGAAGAAGAAGGGUGCUAUGGAGGAGCUGGAGAGGGCACUCAGCUGCCCCGGUCAGCCAAGCAACUGUGUCACUAUCCCCCGCUCGCUGGACGGAAGGCUCCAGGUGUCACACCGGAAAGGGCUGCCUCACGUCAUCUACUGCCGCGUAUGGCGUUGGCCUGACCUGCAGUCACACCAUGAGCUCAAUGCCCUGGAGUGUUGUGAGUUCCCCUUUGGAUCUAAGCAGAAAGAUGUGUGCAUCAAUCCCUACCACUACAAGAGGGUGGACAGUCCAGUGCUGCCAUCUGUGCUGGUGCCACGAAACAGCGAGUUCAAUGCUAAACUCUCUAUGCUGCCACGCUUCCGUAACCCACUCCAUCAGACAGAACCCCCUAUGCCUCAGAACGCCACCUUCCCUGAAUCCUUUCAACAGCAGCCAGCGAACACCCUUCCCUUCACACCGAACUCCCCGACCAACAGCUACCCCAGCUCGCCCAACAGUGGCACAGGCAGUACAGCCACCUUCCCCCAUUCACCAUCCAGCUCGGACCCAGCUAGCCCUUUUCAGAUGCCAGAAACCCCUCCAUCUGCUUAUAUACCCCCAGAGGAGCCAAUGACACAGGACUGUCCCCAGCCAAUGGACACUAACCUGCUAGCUCAGAACCUGCCAUUGGAGCUCCGCAACCAACCAGAUGUUCAGCCUGUGGCAUAUGCGGAACCCAAACACUGGUGCUCCAUUGUGUACUAUGAGCUGAAUAAUCGUGUGGGAGAGGCUUUCCAGGCCUCCUCAACCAGUGUACUGGUGGACGGCUUUACCGACCCCUCCAACAACCGUAACCGUUUCUGCCUUGGUCUGCUGUCGAAUGUCAACCGCAACUCGACCAUUGAGAACACUCGACGCCACAUCGGAAAAGGAGUCCAUUUGUACUAUGUGGGAGGGGAGGUAUACGCUGAAUGUUUGAGCGACAGCAGUAUCUUUGUACAGAGUCGCAACUGCAACUAUCACCAUGGUUUCCACCCCACCACUGUAUGCAAGAUUCCCAGUCUCUGCGGCCUAAAGAUCUUCAACAACCAGGAGUUUGCUGAGCUCUUGACACAGUCCGUCAAUCACGGUUUUGAAGCCGUCUAUGAACUCACCAAGAUGUGCACCAUCCGCAUGAGCUUUGUAAAGGGUUGGGGUGCAGAGUAUCAUCGACAGGAUGUGACAAGCACCCCAUGCUGGAUUGAGAUUCAUCUUCACGGGCCCCUGCAGUGGCUGGAUAGAGUCCUAACCCAGAUGGGCUCUCCUCACAACCCCAUUUCCUCCGUGUCCUAGACAAAGCUGACCAUAAGGCAACUGCAGAUGUCUGGGUUCCCGUGCAGAAGCUGAUUGGUUGAAGGGAGGGGUGGGGGUUGGGAGGAGGGGUGGGG